AUGUUUACAUGUCGAGCUUGUACGAGGAGGUGUCUCCAGGCACUCAUUGGAGACUCAGCUAUUCAUACUACGCAUUCACAACUCAUAAUCCCGCAAAGACAACUGUAUAGAUCAUUUGCAUCAAAUGCGACGGAUUCUGAUAGUUAUACCUACCGACCUGUCUCCCAAGAUGAAGAGUCCUCCGAGGAAACGAGGAGUAGAACCGCCAAAAGACAGGAGUGGCUAGAUUCGAGGGGACAGAGGCCUGUGGACAAAAAGCCAGCUCCAGUCGAUCCGAGAAUUGACGAUAAGUUUAUUUGGAAGCUCAAACAACUACAAGAUCCCUUGCAGCUCGCCAACUAUGUACGGAAACUUCUUUCGGAGGAUGAUUUCGAGAAGGCAUUACUUUAUGUGCGUUCCGCAAGUAAAAAUGUUGAAUGCGUCGUUAGUUGGAAUCAUUUGAUUGAGUGGCAGCUCAGUAAAGGUCAAUUGAAUCCCGCAUUCAAAACAUUCAAUGAGAUGAAAAAACGAGCACAGUUUCCAGACGCGCAAACCUAUACAAUCAUAUUCAAAGGCUGCAGUGAAAGUCCGUAUACCAAACAAGCUUUCGAGAAAGGAUUAGCAUUAUACACUUCGAUGCUCUCUGCUAAUUCUCGGCUCAAACCCAAUACUAUUCAUAUGAAUGCGGUACUUCGGCUUUGCUCAAGAGCGAGCGAGGAAGAAGCCCUAUUAGGAAUCGCUGCGCAAAUGCCUGCCGAGGGCUUCGGCGCACCCGAUAAUCUCACCUUCACAACUAUAUUAAAUGCAUUUCGCUUGAAAGUUCUUGGUCAACGGGACAUGCCUGAAAAGGAGGCAUUAAAAUUGAAACGGAAAACGAUUGAUAGUGCGCAUCGAAUGUGGGGAGAUAUUUACACACGUUGGCGCAAAGGUGAUAUAUUGGUCGAUGAAGAGCUUGUUUGUGCCAUGGGCCGAACGUUAUUAAUUGGUUCGGAAGAAGACCUUGAUGAUAUUUUAUCCCUUGUUGAGCAAACUAUGAAUGUCCGACGUCAAAUGCCUCGGCGAGGUACUAAGUCACGACAGAAGAUUGAACCAUCCCUUCAAGGGCAGUCUAGACCUGAUAAUGAGAAGGGGUUGACUAAAACACAAGAUGGCCAUAAUAGCAGCCCGAAAGACCUUGAUAUAUUUUCGAGCUCUGGAACUGCAGUGGCUUUAUUGCCUAGAUCGCAUGUUUAUGCUACGCCUGGGCCAAACACAUUAUCUAUGAUACUCAAGGCAUUAUUGACUCUAGCUAAGAAGGAAACUGCAACAAAAUACUGGCAAAUUUUCACAAAAGAGCUGGGGGUUGUGCCUGAUCAAGAUAACUACCAUAGAUAUCUAAGAAUUCUUCGACUCUUCCGAUCGAGUCGCGAGGCCUUGGAACUUUUAUUGGAAAUGCCCAAAGAAUUCUUGAAACCCGAAAAUUUCCGCCUCGCCAUGAGCGCCUGCCAGCGCGAUAAAAACAACCCCAACGUCUUUGCCACGGCCGGCAAAAUCCUCGACAUCAUGCAAAUGAAUCUGGAAGUCCCCGACAUCAAAACCUUGGUCACCUACAUGGACCUCUCCAUUUCCUCUUCUCUCAUCCGAAAAGCAUCCGGCAACAGACCCACCAAAUACGAACAAGGCAAACAAAUCACCCGCGCUCUCGAACGCGUAGGUCCAUCCUACCUCAACAUCCGUGCCCUCGCCAUGUAUGGCAAUCCCGUCGCCACCGACUACGAUCGCUUUCGCGACGCCGACUUUAAAAACGAAGUCAUCUUCCUCAUACGCCGCAUAAUAGGCGCUUACGAUAUCCUCAUGGACAAGAGUCUCGUGCCCCGCGACGCGUACGGAGAAAUAAUCAGUCGCCGCAAUAAACUCGUAGCCUACGAAGCCCGCGUCAAACCACCCCCCGACGGAUCCAAAAAAUACUCCAAAGCCUUCCGAUACAAACUGGAACCCGAGGAAGAAGAACAGGAAGAAGAAAACCACAAACCUAUCGAUCGUCGCACCGACGAAUUCUCCAAGUUGCAAUUCAAAAAGGCCAUUGCAAGGGGCUUGGCUCCAUUCGCUGCUACCCAGGGCUAUGUAGGUCGUGUUCAGCCUUUUGCAAAUAGGAAGUCGAACGUUGGCGCUCCUGCAUCGUUUGCGAACAGAAAGCCAAAGGUGGAGACAUCUGCGAGUUUUUGA